AUGCCUCCCAAACCUUCUUCCCGUAAGGGCGGCAAGAAGCGUAUGUCCCAUACUCUGUCCCCUCGUCCAUCAUCCUCACCCAUCAGAAAGAAGCAAAAAGGUACACCAUCGACCAUCCGAGACAGAGCUAACUGCAGCCCCGGGCCAGGAAUCCCCAAAUUGGAGCCCUCUGCCGGAACUCAUACCCCAAGUGAGUACUGGAAUCAGCUUGCAGACCUUCAACGGGAUUUCCUCGAUGGCACUACACAAGAGAUUGUUUCUAACCUCUAUGACUUUGGCGCAGAGAUCAAAGCUGAGACACCUUCUCCCGCUCCCGUUUCUGUCGCCAAUGAUGAGAACGAGAGUGAGUAUAGUCUUGACUUCAGUCCUGUCCCAGGCCCGAUCUCAUCCCCAUUCCCAUGUACCAAGGAUGAUCUUACCCUAUGCCACGCUCCCACUGCUGAUCUCACUGGCUACCCUAUCUUUGUCUCCCGAAAUGGACGCUGGGACUGGUAUUAUCUUGCCUCUAACAACAAGACUACAGAGUCUUCCGCUGCCCCUGCCAAUGGUACGACCAACGGAGAUGCCAAGAACACAAAGAGUGAGUUUUCCGAUGAUCUCAGUCUUUGCCUAAACCAAUUUCCCUGUACUGAGGACGACAUCACGCUGUAUCCUUAUCCCAACCCUGGUCCCAAAUCCGCCAACAGUCCCACCUUUUCUUCUCAAAACGGACGUUGGGAAUGGAUCUUUCUCCCCUCUAACACGAUUACAGAGUCGUCCCCUCCCAAGGUAAAGAUGGAGGACAUCCCCGAGGCCAAUCCAAGGAUCCAGCGACCAAGCAACCCCGUCUCGACCACAUUUUCCGCCGCCGACCUGGGCCACUUCGUCUUCCACGGCGACCGGGACAGCGACGAUGAUAUCUCCACAGUGCCUUCACUGGUCGAAAACGCAAACAGGCAAGCCAGGCCCGAAAACCUAGCCGAGCAAGCCAGGACCGUGAAGCAUGUGAAGUUCUUCAUGAACAACUCGCACGACAAGCACUUCAUCCCCUUCGAAUUCCCCGCUCUGGUUGGCAACGAGAACUGGGAUCCCUGGUUGGCCGGCAUGUACCUACUUUUCCGCCAGCACUCGGUGUGGCCUGUUGUGACUGCAAGUCUUCAGCCACUGCCUCCUGGUCACAAUUUGUACCUGUGGUACAAGCGCAUGUGCGAUUGUGCAGUCGCCCUUAUCUACGCCAACGUCUCUGAUGUAGUCCGCAACACUCAUUGUUUCAUGAGUGCCCUGCGCGAUGAUGACCCUGAUGACUUGAUGGCUUACCUGUACGCUCACUAUGCCGAGCCUGGUUCGGUUCACCCUGAUGAAGAGUCUGAGCUUGAUUAG